UCGCAGUUACCAUGUUUUCGUGGUGGUAUCAGUACAGUGCGAUCGUUAAAAGAUCGUUUCCAUAUGAAUUACACCGAAGAGCAAAUGCAGCAACUGGUUGAAACGAUGGUUGAGCAGAGUCGCGACUCGAUCACCACAAGGCUUUAUGAUAAUUAUCAGUAUUACAGUAAUGGUAUUUUAUAA